AUGUCAACAUCUCAAAAUGAGCCGCCUGCAGAGGCCACCCCCCAGCCAGCUCAGCCAGCUCAGCAAGUUCAGGAAGCUAUAAAGCCCGAGAAAGCCCAGGCAUCUACACAAAAUAAUAAGAGCACGAAGGGCGAGGCAGCUGAAGUUGCAAAACCGCAAAAACCCUCGGGCGCGGAAUUAAAGGCCAAAGCUAAAGCAGAGAAGGCUGCAAGACGUGCCCAGGCAAAGGUGUCAAAAGAGGUCGUUAAGGGGGAAGCUGCCGUAUCAACUCCCGGCCAAUUAGGUCCAUCUGCGGGUGAAGUGAAAGGUGGCAAAGCAAAGGGCAAGCAGGAUGGUGGCGCAACGACUGCCUCAGGAGCGGCAGGAAGGCCAAUAGUGUCUAAGGGACCUGUGCCUGUUGUUCUAUCCGAGCCAAAGUUUACGAUACCCGAAUGCUUUAGUCAUCUGUCGAUGGCUAAGAGAAUCCCGAUAACUCAAGCAGACAAAGAUGUCCAUCCAACUGUUUUGGCACUGGGCCAGCAAAUGGCCACAUUCACAAUUGAUGAGAGCAUCACGAGACUAAAAGCAACCCUUUUGGCCUUUAAAAAGGUCAUCAAUUCAUACACUACCCCCCCUGGCAACACUCUCGCGAGACAUUUAACACCUCAUGUAUUGAAUCCUCAGAUUGACUACCUUACAGCAUGUCGGCCGAUGUGCUUUUCUAUGGGAAAUGCUAUCCGUUGGCUUAAAUUGCAGGUUAGCAAGAUCGAUCCUGAUGUUCCUGAAGCAGAGGCGAAGAAGCAGCUAUGCAGCAGCAUAGAUACCUUCAUACAAGAACGGAUUAGCAUGGCUGAUCUCGUCAUAACUGAGAAGACUUCGGAGAAGAUUCAAGAUGGCGACGUUGUACUGACGUUUGGACGGAGCACUCUUGUUGAACAAGCCCUCCUCCAGGCUUACACCAUCACUCGGAGGAAGUUUACAGUUACUGUUCUCGAUGACCCGUAUGAGAGAAAGGGACAGACACUAGCGAAGAAUCUGACUGCUGCGGGAAUAAGAGUGUCUUACUGCGGUGAUUUUGGUGGACUGAGAUGCUAUUUACAAGGCGUCACGAAAGUUAUAGUUGCUGCCGAGUCCAUGUUUAAUAAUGGAUCUAUGUAUGCACGAUCAGGUACUUGCGACCUUGCGAUUGCCGCAAAGCAGCUGGAUUUACCUGUUAUUGUCCUCUGCGAGACAGUCAACAUUACCGAGCGAGUCUCAACGGACUCUCUUACGUACAACGAGAUUGACCCUGAGCGAAGUUCAAGCGCCUCUUUCAGACUGUUAUAUGACACUACACCAGACAAGUACCUGUCACUCGUCAUCUCAGAGCUAGGAACGGUGCAGCCAACUUCAGUGCCAGACUUACUGCGAAAACUCGAAGAGUCCAACUAG